AUGCCGUAUCAAGCGUCAAUAGUCACUUUUGAGCAACCAAUUAAACGAAUAAAUAUAAUUGACUGGCAUGGUCGACUAGAAAACCAAAAUAAAAUUGCUGUAGCUCAACGAGAUGAAUCAUUCGAUAUUCGUCAAAAAGCGAGAACUUUACGUAACGAAGUUGAUAUUAAAACAGUUUGGGAUGCUGCGAAAAAUACUUCAUGUUUAAAUGAUCGCAUAACUGAAUUGCGAAAUUGGCGUGAAUUACUUGAAACAACAGUAAAAACUAUUGAAGAUGAUGUUAGUUGCUUAAAAAAUGAAAAAUCAUUAACUGAACAUGAUAUACGAGUGUUAGAAGAUCACUUGAAUGUCUUAAAUGAAUGUUUUACAAUUCGUGACUUGCGGCGAAAACCAGAAGCAACUCAUGAUGAUGUUGAAGUACAACUUAAACAGGAGCUGACUAAAAUGGAAGAAAUGAAGAAAUUACUAUUGGAUCAUUGUGAAAGUUGCUAUGAGCAGAUAACACGUUUAACUGAAAUCAAAUGUCAAUUAAUAUUGGAUAUUAAGGAUAAGACUGUAGCAAUACAGGUUGACGAAGAAGUUUGUUCUUUGAAUCGAGAUCGUGGCGAUAUCAGCUACAAACCAGAUGUAUUAGAAGCAGUAAAACAUUCUACAACCUAUGAGGUUUGGUUGCAACAUUCACGUAAUUUGAAGUAUGCAGCUGACGUUAUCAUUGGUGAAACACCUAAAGUACGAGAAUCAAUGUACAUGGCCCGAGAACUUGCCAAAAAUGAAGCACUGGCAUUCAGGGAGGUAACUGAUUUUACAUUACGCAAACGGAUUUAUGAUAGUGAACGAGCUAAAAAUGAACUGGAAUGGCAAAAACGAAAGAUUGAAGAUGAAAUGUUUAGUUUAAUGAGUGAAAUUGAAAGAUUAGAGCAUAACUUUAAUGAGAAAAUUAAGGAUUUAAAAUGUGCUGAAAGUCGAUUAUACACUAGAAUGUAUCGACCUGGAUUAGAAAAAGCAUACGAUAAAACGGAAAUGUCAUUAAAUAUGGAAAUUACUGAUUUGAGGAAAUCUCGACAGGAAUUAGAUGAAAAGAUUCGAAAGGCUAAGACUAUGCAUAAUGCAUUAGAGGAUAUGAAAUGGAAAGUUGAUAAGGAUUUUGAUAAUAAGAACCAUUCAUUAAUGACUGAUAUUCGAUGUUUAGAUGUGCAUUUGCGUAUUAAAAGUCCUGUAGCAGAUACACAAAUGAAACGAAAUAUUCAACUGACACAAAUGGACAGGCAAUUGUCAUCAGAAUAG